UUGCCGUAAUUGCAUUGUAUGGCCCUUCAUUGAUUUUAUCAUGAUAACAACAAUAACAUCAACAAUUUAAUUGAAUCUAAUCCCAAAGUUUCUAACAUUGGUUAGUAAAAUUCACCAAUCUAAUUAUCAAAUUCAUCACCAUGGCAAAUGAUGCAGCUCUAAGAACAUCUCUACUUUGGCUAGCAGUAAUUAUAUUGGUGGUUGGUAUAUGCACACACUCUUUCAAGAAGAUGAUGGUUACCUAUGUUUUGGGUCUUGUUGGAAUUUCUGGUGUUCUUUUACCUGAUUGGGAUUAUUUCAACCGUCAUAUUUCACGUUGGCCUUAUCCUGUUACAGUUGAAGAAAGAUCAGCAGCUUCUCUUUCUCAUGGAUCUGGAUUUCUAAGGUUUGCAUGUUCUCCUCUGAGGGUGGUUGUUUAUAGCUUGAUUUAUGGAUAUGGUAUUUACAAAUGGUGGGAGUAUGUAUCUAGCUAAUUCUUAAACAAGUUUUGUGGUGACUUUUUUUUUAAUCCCAAGCUUAUAGCUAUUUUUCUUCAUACUUUUGUUGAUUCAAUGUGUUUAAUUUGGAGUAAUCCAAAAACCGCAACAGUGAUUGUCGCCGAGGUGCUUCCUUUUUCAGUAGCAAAUCAAGAGGACGAUAAUGGAAUCCAGAUCAUCCCCAUUUUCAUAUAUCAUUGGAGUCUAGCACGUAGGUGGUUGAUAUACGUAGAGUUUGUGAAUGUUGGAAACUCUCUGGCAUCAAGUUCGACUUAUACUGAUAAGAAAAAUUUCUUGUUUUCAUAUAUUAUGUAACAGGUUGAUGAUUGAUAAAUAUACUUUGGAACCCCAAUUUUAGCUCUUAACUUGAUUUGCAAACUCUUAUGUUUUCCUUGCAAAUUGUUAUCAUUUACGUAUUAUUAUUU